ACUGUUUUGUUUGUUAGUUAAUUUAUCAAUGAAAAUGCUCAAAUAUGCCUGGCAAAAUGGCUUGCAACAGCGCAACAGGUGGCUCAGGCAGCUCUCCGCUUAUAUCCCGCAGCGAAGCUACAAUAGCAAAAUCAGAAACAUUGGUAUUUUGGCGCACAUCGAUGCAGGCAAAACGACGACCACAGAGCGCAUGCUGUUCUAUGCGGGCAAGACGCGGGCCUUGGGGGAAGUGCAUCGCGGUAAUACGGUGACCGAUUACCUAACCCAGGAGCGGGAGCGGGGCAUAACGAUAUGCAGCUCAGCAGUUACAUUUCCUUGGAACGGCCACCGCAUUAAUCUGCUGGACACACCUGGACACAUUGACUUCACCAUGGAGGUGGAGCAAUCUCUGUACGCCGUGGACGGUGUGGUCGUGGUCUUGGAUGGAACGGCUGGUGUGGAGGCCCAGACAGUCACCGUUUGGACGCAGGCGGACAAGCACAAGCUUCCUCGUCUUGUAUUCGUCAACAAGAUGGAUCGUCCUGAUGCAGACUUUGAUAAAUGUGUUCACGAUCUGAAAGCAAAGCUGGAAACGCAGCCAGUAUGCUUACAGUAUCCUGUGAAAAGCGAGGAUGGAGUGUUGGCCAUUAAUGAUGUCAUUACACUGGAGCAAUUGAGCUGGCAGCAAAAGGAUUUGGGCCGCAGCUACAAUAGAAUCAAACUGGAGCCUUCGGAUGAACUGCGCGAGCUGCAGGACAGGCGUAACGAACUGAUUGAUACGCUGUCGGGAUUAGACGAUGAACUGGCUGACGUAGUUAUCAGCACGGAAAGCUUUGCCAGUGUUGAUGGCGCUCUAAUUGAUAGGGCUCUUCGACGGGCAACAUGUCAGCAGAAGGUGGUUCCCGUUCUCCUAGGCUCGGCGUACAAAAACGUUGGCAUUCAGCGGCUGAUGGAUGCAGUGAAUGACUAUUUGCCGGCGCCGGAAGAACGCAAUCAGAUCUACGAUUGCUUCGGAUCUGAGGUGGCUGCCAAAGUAUUUAAAAUUGUGCAUGAUAAGCAGCGAGGACCUUUGACGCUGGUGAGGAUUCUACGUGGGGAGAUAAAGCGUGGCAUGCGCCUUGUAUCUGCUCGUGGCCAGGCGGAGGUGGUGUCUAAACUGUAUGAGCCUUUAGCAGACGAAUAUCGAGAGGUCAGUUCCUUGCAGGCCGGAGAUGUGGUCAUAUGUGCGGGCCUAAAGUCAACAGUGACUGGUGACCUGUUGACCUCGAGUCAGUCUUCUCUUAAAAAUGCUCAGAAACGCUUGAAGCAAAGUCUAGGCACAUCUUCGAGCAAGAACGAGGAAGAUGAAGACUCCGACGAAUCAGACGAGCUUUUCUCUUUGGAUCCGCCUAUACCAGAUGCUGUGUAUUUCUGCUCCAUCGAACCACCCAGCAUAUCCUCACAAACGGCCAUGGAGCAGGCUCUACGACAGUUGCAACGCGAGGAUCCCAGUCUGCGGGUUAGCUACGAUACGGUGACUGGACAAACGGUGCUCGGCGGAAUGGGCGAGCUCCAUAUGGACAUCAUCAAGUCGCGCAUCCUGAGUGAGUACAAAAUCGACGUCGAACUGGGACCACUGCAGAUCGCCUAUAAAGAGACCAUUGAGUCGCCCGCAAUAACGACGUUGAGCGUGGAGAAGGAAAUCGCUGGCAGCAAGCAAAAUGUCAGCAUUACAAUGGAGCUAGUGAGGGACCAAAGCGACUUGUUCAGCUUAGAUAAGUCUCCAGAAAAUCUGCCCAACCUCAACACAUUGCGUCCACGCAUUCUUCAGGUCUUGAAGAAGGGUUCCAUCAGUGCCUUGGAGCGUGGACCUCGCGUGGGUGGACAGGUGGUGGAGACGCAGAUUCGUCUGCAUAAUGCCACUAUUGGCCGGGGUACCGCCGACUCCUUCGUCAUGGCCACGGCGGCGCAGUGCGUCCAAAAGUUGCUCAGCACGAGUGGAACGCGUCUGUUAGAGCCUAUUAUGGCCCUGCAAAUUGUGGCGCCCAGUGAACGUAUCUCUGGGAUUAUGGCUGACCUCUCCAGACGGCGAGCCCUGAUCAAUGAUGUCCUUCCGAAAGGUGACCGGAACAAAAUGAUUCUGGUAAAUGCGCCACUGGCCGAGCUAUCCGGUUACUCCAGUGCUCUGCGCACUAUUAGCUCGGGCACGGCCAGCAUGACCAUGCAACCGUGCGGCUUCUCCUCCAUGAACUCUGUGGACGAAACCCUGGCGGAGCGGCGUGCCCAAGGCCUGGAAUAAAGGAAUGAAUAUUGUUAACUAGUUGUAAAAUCGUCGCAAACCAGCAGGCGGGGUGUCAGAUGCUUUCCCUUAGCUGGGUCCGAUCUGUUUGUGUGUGUGAUCGUCAUCCUUUUAGCAAUAUAGAUAUUUUGAGGACUCAA